AUGGUUCAAAGCAACGAGCUAAACCUCAUGCUGGCCACCUUCCCGCGACCCGUCCCAUCGCGACUGUCGCUGAACUGGCCGCUUGUGAAGAGUGGCAGCAGGAGGCACAUAUCCAAGGGCCAUGCCGGGAUCCUGGCCCUGCCGCUGGGUGUCCUGCCAGGCUUCUGUCGCGGCACUGCCACUGGCCGGCCUUCUAUCAGUAGGCAGUCUACUGCCGGACCAACUUUGUGGAGAAGACCACAGGAGGCCGAAGCGAACGAUGCUCAACACGAGCUGAAAGUUCGCCUCGAUGCUCUGCGAUUGCUGCAAGAGAUGCACCUACCCUCCCUGCCUCAAAGUCUUGCCUUGGAGAUGUUGAGAGAAGCUGUUUCCACGUGCCCUGAGGCACAACAGGAGGAGAUGGAAGGCCAUUGCGCACCAGAGCAGCUUGAGUUCCUUCGUAGCUUCGUCGCCGAGCGCUUCGGCUCGCCGCAGUUUCAGGGCGGCUUGAGGAUGUGUCAAAUUGGAUUCAAUGCAGGGCACAGUGCGGCUGCAUUGCUGGAUCAGGCCCCUGAAGGGAGCGUGCUCCUCUCCUUGGACCUGGGUCAACACGGGUACACACGGCCGCUAGAAGAGGUUGUCUCCAGAAUAGCCAAGGACAAGGACCAGACGCACAUUUUGUUGGAAGGCAACUCUGCUGAGAUGUUGCCACGGUUUCGGCACAUUGAGUUUGACCUGAUUUUCAUCGAUGGGAACCAUGCCUACGAGGCAGUGAAACUCGACGUGCUGCUGUGCCUGCAGAUGGCCACAGAGGACACGUUGGUGCUUUUGAACCACGUCUUCACAGACAUGACAGAGGGUUUGGGUCCGACCAAAGUGUGGCUUGAGACCCUCCGAGAAGGAGAAGCGAAGCAAAUUGGGUGGCAUUCGUGCUGCUCUCGACACGGCAUUGCAAUCGCAAAAUGUUGUGCAUCGCAGAAUCGCAACGAGUCAUUCGUAGUCUCCGGAAAGUGGAUGCAGACAGUUCUGAGGUGGUAUGCGUCAAACUAUGUCAAACUUACAGACCCCCCACUCAAAUGA